UUCAAGAUCCAGCUUUGUUCUAAUGACAAAAAGGCAACUGCAGGAUGAGAAAAACCGUUUCAGUCUUGCAGGAGUUUUCAGACCAUGACAUGGUGCAUUUCUUCACACAACCUCAGAUUGUUGCUAGAACACUAGCAGGGGUUUUCUCUCUGGUUAUAUUUGCCUCCUUGGUGACUGAAGGAUAUCAAAACUUGACAACCUCUUCCCAGCUAUAUUGUAUUUUGAAUGAUAAUGGGGCAGCCUGCUGCUAUGGCAUCACAGUUGGUGUACUUUCUUUUCUCCAGUCUCUCCUCUUUUUGGGCUUUGAUGUCUAUGAUACUUACAUUACUAAUCACAAGAUCAAGUAUGCCAUCCUUGUACUGGAUGUUACUUUCUCUAUCACGUGGACAUGCCUGUGGUUUGUUGGAUUCUGUUUCCUAGCCAAUCAGUGGAACCGGUCAACUCACUCCUACCUGCUGGGAACUAGUGCUGCACGGGCUAGCAUUGCCUUUGCCUUCCUUUCUGUUCCAUGCUGGGUAUACCUAGCCUAUCUGGCUGUGAAAAACCUGUGGGCUGAGCCACCUGUGCCAUAUAAGCGGACACUGGAUGAAGGAUCUGUUGCCCUGACCACCCUUUCUACACCCACCACCACCUCUCUUCCCAAUAAUAUGGGAUUCCCUGAAAAUGUGGGUGCAGCUUCCUACCCAUCCACUCCUGUACCCCACCGACUAACCUUAAUGAAUACCGAUGACUAGACAAUUAUUUGUUCCUAUAUUAAAUAAAA